UGCCAGGUUGAAGUACUGUAUUUUGCAAAAAGUGCUGAAAUAGCGGGAGUUCGUUCAGAGACCAUUUCUGUGGCACAGGAAAUAAAAGCGUUGCAGCUUUGGAAAGAGAUAGAAACUUGACAUCCUGGAUUGGCUGAUAUUAAAAAUCAGGUGGUAUUUGCUGUUCGUCAAGAGUAUGUCGAGCUGGGAGAUCGGCUCCUCCAGCUGCAACCAGGAGACGAAAUUGCCAUUAUCCCCCCAAUUAGUGGAGGAUAAUGCUUUUCAGCCGUGUAGGAAAAAUAUGGAUGAAGCUGAAGAGAAAUCUAAAGACAUAAUAAAAUGCACUGCCGAGAAACUUUUAGUAGAUGAAGUCUCACAGUUGGUGAUUUCUCCAGUGUGUGGUGCAGUGUCCUUAUUUGUAGGGACUACAAGAAAUAACUCUGAAGGGAAAAUCAUUAGUUUAGAAUAUGAAGCAUAUAUACCAAUGGCGGAAAAUGAAAUCAGAAAAAUUUGUAGUGACAUUAGGCAGAAAUGGCCGGUAAAACACAUAGCAGUGUUCCAUAGACUUGGCUUGGUUCCAGUGUCAGAAGCAAGCAUAAUUAUUGCUGUGUCCUCAGCCCACAGGGCUGCGUCUCUAGCAGAUGUGAGUUAUGCCAUUGACACUCUAAAAGCCAAAGUGCCCAUAUGGAAAAAGGGAAGCGGGAGAGGUGCAGGUGAAAUAUAUGAAGAAUCAUCAUCAUCAUGGAAAAGAAACAAAGAAUGUUUUUGGGCAACCAGUGAUUAAUCACAUAUUUUAGAGCAUUAAAUCUUAAAUUUAGCAAAUUUUCAUUCUUGAUAAUCUUUUGAUUUUUCUUCUACAGAAAAGAUAGUUUCCUGAAGCACAGUCUCUUAGGUUUUACCAAUGGAUCAAGUAGAAGAAAAAAGAAGGAAAAAUAAAUGGUUUGGGGGAUCUAAGAACUAGAGAUGGGGAAGAAAUGAGAUCAUUUAACUGUGAGGAAAGAUGUCUGUGGUAGACAUACCCUUCCAUGAUUAAUUUCUAAUUAUGACUCAAUUCAUAUUAAAGUGAGGCCCC